CACCUUAGCAACCGAAAUUAAAACUAAUCUGGAACAUCACGCAUGCGCACACUGUUUUCAACUUACUUCUAAUUUAAACGGAUCUCUUCAAUCAGUCCAACAACGAAACCUUGCAAUUCCAAUUCAUAUUUUUAAAGUUUUUCGGUUCGAAAUAUAUUAAUAAAAGGAAUGUCUGCCAGCUUUUCAAGAUUUCGCACUCCGGGAUUUCCUCAUUCCAAGUUCCUUCAGCAUUCGGAUCAUGACUGGAAAUUCAAUAAUCUGUUUCAAUACAACUUGGCGGACGGAGAUUGUACCAAGUCGGAAGCUGUCGUUGCCGAAAGUCAAAGACUCUGCCGAGAGACGAGUGAGAGGACAGAAAAACAAAAAACGCAAGUGGAGAGAAAGUUCGACGAGCGCAUAGCAGAUGUUGAUCACUGGCGACAAGAAGGAAACAGAUGCUGCGCCAAGCUGCAGGAGGCUCUGGACAAGUUGGCACACUUGAAGCUGAGAUUGACACAGGCGUCAGAUGCUUGCAGGGAUCCAAUAUUGGCGUGCAAAAAGACGACGAUGGAGCGUGACAAGAGGCUUGGGACGGACAUGGUGCAGGAUAAACCACAACAAGAGAUCCAGAAAUAUCUACUCUACUUGGAAGAAGUGGUCGGGGUCUUCGAGAAGACCAUUCAGGAGAUUGAAGACCAGAUGAUCAGCGACAGGGCCGCCAAGCAGAGGCUGUUGCGCGAUGUGGCGGAUAAGCAGGCCGCUCUUGAGAUCGACGCACACGCAUCCAGCUGCAGACCAGAAAACACUAUCACCAAAGAUUUCAAAUUCGAUCCCCAUCUUAUGAAUCCAGAAAAGUCGGCGGUAACAAUGGCCGAAUGGGAGCGUAAUACGCGCCACAACAUAGAAAAAGCAGAGCAAGCAGUUAAAAAUUCAAGGACUAUCUACCCGAGAGUAGAGGAGAUGCUGGAGAGGACAUAUGUGGGGCUGACUAAGCAGCGUCUCAGAGUGCUCAACUCCCUGGGAGAUCGCAUCCGAGAGACAGCAACAGCUCAGAAGAAUCUGGAAGAGCGACUCUCUCGAAUCCAGAAGCAAGUUCUGGAGGUGGAAGACACCCUUCGCAAGUUAGAGCAGUCCAUGGACAGGAAGAUCCCUUCUAUGGAACUUGCCUCCAGCAGGAUGGAGGGAAGAAGACGGAGACCACGAUCAGAGCUCUGCCAUGACGAUGUGGACGCAGAAUUGGAAGAGGAAGUGAGGCAGCUCAGCCUCUCUGUCCAUCAACUGAGGGGGCAGAGUGGUCAGGCGAAAGAAAUGCUGAGGAAACUGGAACAGACGAGACUCGCUCUUCAGAAGGAGGUCGAAGUGAAGAAGAACACCCAGUACAUAGACAACGAACACUGCAUAAACACCUUCGCAAACAUCACUCACAUCAAGCAUUGACUCUCUUUAAAUUGCACUUCUGGUGGAAUCACUGUUUUUUUCUUUUCAGGUUAAAAAAAUUAUGCUUCAAGUGUUACCUUUCUUGUUAUUUACUUCAUUUUGAAAGACCCGAAUUAAUAUCUUGAAAGUAAGAAAUUUCAUUUUAAAAUUCAGCAAUUAUUUUCCUUAUAAUGCCGUUCUUUCUUUUCGUAAUAUGUGAUUAAGAUUUUCAUUCAUUGUGAAAAAAAGCUUUAACACAUCAACUCAUUCAUUGGUGCUAUC